UAUGAUGCCAAAUAAUCCUCUUUCAUCUUCAAGUUCAUUCAAAAAUGAUAAUAAAUUUGUGAAAUAACCACCAAUAACAUGGUUAUAAUGUGUGUCGAUUUUAGUCUGAUAUUAUUUUUUAUUUGUUUUUAAUUUCGAGAUCCCCCAUGAAAUACUACGAUAUUGUCAAUAGAAUGAAUUUAUGUGUGUGUUACACAUAUGUACUAAUACAUAUAAUAAUCCAAUAUGCCAGUUGUUCUGAUAAACCAAGUAAAAUAGAACCGAAUGUUACAGUUGAUUCUGACGACAGUGAUGAAGAGGAAAAUUUUCAAGUAAUCGUAAGAGGAAUUGAAAAUAUUCUUGAAGAAGAUGGUGAAAAAACUGCUGGACAAACGGUUGUUUCAGAUAAUGUUAUGGAACAUGGGCUUGGACCAGUCACUGACCAAGUAUAUAUACCGCCAACACCACAUGACCCAGGAUUAACUUAUCAACCAGAAUAUCCUACUGGAUAUGAAGAAUCUGGAUAUGACACAGGACAGUAUUACCAACCAGAAUAUCCGACUGGCUAUCAACAGGAUGAAUACGUAGAAACUGGAUAUGAUGAGGGAGCUGUUGGAUAUUACCCAGGAUAUGAACAUGAAUAUUAUUUAGAAGGCUAUGAGGAGGAAUAUCAUUCAGAAAAUGAAAAACAAGAAGUUACUUAUCAACUGGAUAAAAAAGAGGAAAUAGUUGAAGAUAUUAAAGUUGGUCUUGGAUAUAUACACCCAGACUUAUCCUCAACUAAGUUUAUAGGAUUAGAUAGUUCUGGGAGUUUUAUUGAAAUGGAUAGUAGACAUUAUAGAAUUGAUAGGAAUAAUAUUUUCAGAGUUACGUUUGUAUUCAAAAUUCCUAUAGUAGAACUGUUUUGUGAAGGAACGACCGUAUGUGAAAUUAAACUCUCCGAACAACCGAAAAAUUUGAUAUAUAGUAAAAUAAAUAAAGCAUUUUUCUUUUACUAUAAAGAAGUGGCAAAAUCAUAUAAAUUUAAAAGGGGAAUCUGGUAUAGAAUAAUACAUAUAUAUCCAAAAUUUGUAAAAUUUUACUCAAUUGAUCAAACGAAAAAUCUUCUUGAGAUAACUGAAAACCAAUAUAUCCUUCUCGUGAAUACAAAAAAAGAUUUUAUGUAUUUCUUUAAUCCUAAGGUCAAAUGUUUUGUUGUUAAAGUUAAUGAUGAAAUCGUUUGGAGUUACCACUUGAACGCGAUAUUUCCUAGGUAUGUAAUCGUGAAUUCCAAAAAUAAACUCGUGAUCAAUUUUUAUUUCUACUGUAUAGUGUAUCGAUUUUUGAAUGGUUUGUGGACAGUGGUAUAUGUUGGAACUUAUUAGAAAUUUAAGCGCAGGAAAUUUAAAAUAUUAUUGGUUAGUUUUACUUUUAAUUAUAAUAGCCAACGCAUUGUUUUAAAUAAUAAUAUUGGCUUUCAAUAUUUUUAUUCGGUGCUCAUUAUUUUUUAUAAAAAUAAUAAUUUUACGUUAAAAAAUGCAUUAAAUAAUUAAAAAACGAAUUUUAAAUUAAAAUUUUUUAAAAAUAAACAUAUUAUUAAUUUUCA